UGUGGUCAUUUGUCAUUUUCACAUUUGUCAACAAAAUUGUAAGAAAAUUAUUCUAAAUGAACUGCAAAAAAGCUUAUUUAAUUAUUAAUUUCGAGUCUGAAUUAAUUUUAUAAACAAUUUAUUUAAAGUCUCUUCCUAUUUAUAGAGAUUUUUGUAUUCCUUAGUGACUUCCCGAUGAGUGGUUAACAUAAUGGGGUGUUUAACUUGGAUCAGAGGUUUUAAAAUGUCUAUUCCUUUCAAGGAUAAGGAACUAAACAAAAUUGCAGCAUUCUUCAAUGUUACUACCUUUCUUUUAACGUGUGCAGCACUGGUACAACCAAGUUGGUUUAGAAUUAAGGGUCUUCAUUGUACACAAAGUUUAUCAUUGGCUCAGUUUUUUACAUUUGAUGAAGAUGAUGAUGAUGAUAAUGAUGAAAAUCAAAUAAACAUACAUCAAAGUUCAGAAUUUGAUCCAUUAAACAAAUCAGAUUUCAAUGUAUUGCCACCAUGUACUACACCAGAAAUCAUUACACUCAUGAGAAUUCUCAUAUUACUUUGCUUCAUGGUGCUGCUUUGUUCAUGUAUUGGGGUCUUAAUCAACCUUACCAGUUUGAAUAGCAGAGCCAUCAAGAUGUUACGAAGAAAUGCAAUUCCCAGUAUCAUGUGUGUGUUCUGGGUUAUAGCUAUUGUAGGUGUUUGUUAUUAUACAACAGUAGUUUUGGGAAAUGAAAAUUACAGUGACCCCAAUUCAAUACAAGUUGAUUACGAGUAUGGAUUUUACACAAUAACUGGUGCAGGAGCUCUCGCCCUUUUGGCCUCGGCAGCCAAUCUGUGGGGUGCUCCAUUAUCUGGUGAUGAAGACAUACAAAGGCGAAAUCUAAUGGAAGACUGGGAUGGUUAUGAAGCUCACAGUGUGGGUCCAACGCCAGCUGUGCCAACUCUUCCACCUUACACACCAAGUGCAGACUAUGUGCCUACUGUUCAUACAACAUAUGCUCCACCAGUACUUGGUACUCAACAGUAUUUUCCUUUCGAUGAUCUUUCUAUCCUGCCUCCUCCACCGCCUUAUACUCCAUGAAUCUUGUAUAUUUCAAAGUCUCUUGUGUUCUAUAAUUUAUGUACUUUGAUCCAAACUCUUAGAAUUUUAGUGGUUAUUAUUUGUGUAUUAUAUUUAAGAUGUUUUUAAAUUAGAUAUAAUGUAUUAUUUAUAUUUAAUAAGGCUUGUGAAAGAAAAACGUGAAAAUAACAGUAUCUCUACUCCAUCACAAAUCAUUAGUUCAUUGAGUGCAAGUGUAACUGAUAAUAACAUUGUAGGUUCGUCAUAAUAUGUAUAUAUAAAAUAAUAGCCAAAUAUAUCAUUAAUAAAAUUAUGUUAGAUAUUAAUAAUUGCCUAAAAAUAAUAAAAAUAUAAUGAUCUGUUCUAUGUAUAUUGUGGUUGUGAGUUGAUCAUUAUUAUGACUUCACUGUUCACUUCAGUAUGUGAUUUGCCAUUUUAGUGCCUAUUCAUGUCGUAUUUCUCGAAAUGCUUUAAAAUUUUUAUAACAUUGAAAAUUAUUUUGUUGUGUAAAUUAGCCUAAUUAACUGUAAUGUGUUUAGAUUAAGGACCAAUUCUCAACUUGUACUUUUAAAUUACGUCAUGAAGAUCAGAGAUUCAGACCUACUUUAAAUAUUUUAUGCAAGUUAUUAAAUUUUGAAAUAGUUUAGUUUUUAAGGUAUAAUAAUAUUUCACUAUCAUCAUUGAUAUAUUCCACUUAGAAGUCUUUUCUUAUGAAUUCAGAAAAUUUAUUCAAUUAUUGCUUGUUGGAUGUUUAUUUUUACGCAUUGUCACUUAGAUAGAAUUGAUAAACUUAAAAAUAAUAUCAUUUAGGUCAAUUUUAUUUCAGGAUUUAAAUUAUAUAUGUAUUGACGAUAUUAAAUAAGAUGUUGGUAUAUAUACUGUCACAUUUAUAUUUUUAAUUAUGAAUUGUUCUGUUUGUAGUCGCCAAAUAAUAAGCAGAUUAAGACUCUGCGCUGAUGACUAUAUUAUUUUUAUUCAUCAGCUUUGAUUACAUAGAAUUACAUUAUAUGACGCACACAAUAUCUUUACAACUACGAAAAAUCGUAUCUUUGACGGACAGUGUUUCUUGUCUAUGUAUAUCCUUAUGAUCAAAAUGAUUGAUCUGUCGCCAAAUUGCCGAAUAAUUAAUAAAUAGCAAGAUCCUAACUUAUAUUUAGAUGCAGCUGGAUCCCAUAGAAAGUUGAUUGAUUGUGUAAAAAGUACAGUAUUUGAUGGCGAAUCAGUCAUUUUGAAAUAAAUACUACCAUUUUAAAUGCGAGAAAAAUGAUCUUUUUUAAAUAGAUUUAUCAACCUGUUGUUUUACUUCUUCGUCUAUUAUUUUUUACUUAAUUUAACAUCUGAUAAUAACAUUAUUUACUUACAAAUUUAUUUAAAUUAUAAAAUAUAUGUAUGUAAUUCUAAAAUUAAAAUUAGCUGUUAUUAUUAUUAGAAUUAUAGAGAUAACAAGAUCUGUUUCAUGUACCUAUUAGUAAAAUCAAGUAAUUUUCGAAUGAGCUUUUAGAAUUAGAUAGGUACUUAUCUCAAAUACAUGUUGAAAUAAAAUAUCAUAGUAGGUAUGAGUCUUAUUAAAAAUAAAGCCGGUAGCCUAUGAUGUAUAAUAUUCCAUGUUACCAAAAAUAUAAAAAUGUUAUUGUUCGUUAAUGUAUAGAUUUCUUCUAGCCGUAAGAAUAGUUAUUCCCGGUUGAUUAACUGGGAAGUUUAUUUUUACAUUAAAACUAAACAAAGUAAGAUUUUAUUUUUAUGUAAGACCAAUAUGCAAUACAUAUCUAUAAAUAAAAA